AUGAUCUACCUUCUAUCAUUUAAGCAGCAUACACAAACAAAAGUAGUAACGGUGAGUAUCAUUCGAGUAUUCGAAAGCUUGUCCUUAUCAGUGCAAUGCCUCAGAACUAAAUAUCAAGUGUCACGAAGGUACUUCAGGAACGGAACUUCACAAGUCGACAAACGGCUCCACCCCCAAAGUUCGUUUUCCAAUUUCAUAAAUUCGCUUUUGUCGCAGCCCAAAGUUCGCUUCUUGAUUGGUCAAAGUUCGUUUUUUGUAAAUCACCCAAAUUCGCUUUGGUGGCACCCAAAGUUCGUUUUCACGUCAGAAGAGUUCGCUUUUAAAAAUUACAGGAUUAUGAGAUAA